GUACGCCCGCGGGCGGCGAUUUUCCCCUCUUGGCGUCCACAGGAGACUGUUUGCAUUACGGCGCCUCAUUAUAGCUGGCCUCACACUCUCUGGUACUAUUGGGCUAUUCAACCUCGCUACGUGGAUCCUUGAUCCUCAAGUAGUCCCGUAUCCAGCGAGUGAAUGCUUCGACAUGGCGGGUUCCAAGGACGAUGGAUCAUUUGACCAAUUAUUCAUUCACCCUCGCACUGGCGUGUCUUAUGCGGUGUUUCAGCAGAAGUCAACCAAGCCGAUGCUACGCCGUGAUAAGGAUUUAAUGACUUCUUUCGACCUCUCAUGGGCCCGGGACCCCUCUGGAAAAUUGGGGCCCCUCACUUCUCAAUGUCUUAAUGACCAUUUUGAGCACGGCGAGACAUCAUGCUUUAGCAAUACUGGCCCUAAAAUGGACGUCGUGUGGACAUGGGUGAACGGUUCGGACCCGCUGAUUCGAAAUGAUAUGAUCGAAAAAGCCAAGGUGUACCACCUAAACCCAUAUCACCGAAAGCAAAAUCAUGGAAUGAAGACGAAUCAGUACCGAGAUCAUAAUGAAUUGCAGUAUUCCAUGCGCUCCGCUUAUGAUCAUUUUCAAAGCCAGACCAGAAACCUCUAUAUCGUCUCCACUGAUGUGGAGGCACCGGUUUGUCAUAAAAAUGGCUCCGUGGAGCGUUGGCGGCUCGGCCAGCUUCCCUCGAGCAUCCGUCAAAAUUCCCGGAUUUUCUCAUGGAAUGGUAGUCAGCAUGAGCUACAUGUAUUCCAUCAUGGGCAAAUAUUUACUCAGCCCAAUGGGUCUAAUUACAACAGUCUUGCAAUAGAAUCGCAACUAUAUAACAUCCCUAACUUAUCUGAAUAUUUUAUUUACAUGAAUGAUGAUACAUUCUUCCUGUCUAAUUUUGAGACUUUGGACUUCUACACGGAUGCUUUCGGCAUUAUCGUCAGGAUGCAAUCGGAUUUACUGGUAAGUCCACAUAAAUCCCCUGGUCGGGGUUCAGAUGAAUGGAAGGGGCUUGAAUUCUCCAAUAGCCUUUUAAGCGGCAAAUUUGGUGAACGCUGGCGUCCCUAUGGUUCGCACCACGUCAAGGUUCUCUCCACUCCCCUCCUGAAUGAGAUCUCCCUCAUCUGGUCAUCUGAGAUUCUCCAUACCGCUGCUCAACCAUUCCGCAGCAUCCUUAAUAGUGAAGGCGACUUUUACAUCAUGUGGCUUUUUAGCCAUUUUGUCGUGGAGAGGUGGAGAGAGGCUUUGCUUUGGAGUUGGGUUGUUGGAAAAGUUGGGAAGAAGGACGGGGGCUGGGACGAGGAAUGCGCAGCGAGGGCUUGGAAGGAGGUGGGUGGGCAAGAGGGGGAGGCCAAGCUCGGGGUUCUGAAGGGGAAGAGGGAAACAUUGAAAAAGGAAAAGAUAGAGGAUAUUAGGAAUGAUGAGAAUUUUCCGCCGAAGACCAAGUUCGCAUUUGCGGCUUUUGAUGGCUAUCCUUACGCUGGUUUUGGAAGGAGAGGCGCCAUGUCGUGGUUCUCUAGCAAACAGUUUUACGAUCCAUCGGAGCGCUGCGUGCUUGAGUUCAACGACUGUCUUGCCCCUGUUCAUGACGGCCAAAAACUUAGAUCGGAAGGCGUCUUCAAACGCGUCGCGUUUGAGAGAGCACAAUCUUGCGGUGAUUGCAUCAUCACUGCGCUUGUCAAAGCAAGCGGUCCUCUCGGUCUCUCUGCCUUCUUGCCUCCGACUAAUCGAACAUUCGAAACCUCAAGGAUUAUUCUAUCUGACGGGGAUCAGAGAACCUCCCACGUGCCAAUGCUCCCGUUGACGAAGAGAUGGAACAUUUGUGAUUAUAGCUUGGAGAAUGUUCUCGCGCCAUACGCUAGUUCUCAAGAACAUAUUAAUAUCCGUCAAUGGAUAUUACGUCUCUUACUCAGAUAUCGCUUCGUUAUAGGGGUGACACCUUCCUCGUUUCGCCGACUAAAGAACCCUCAACAAGCUCGGUCGGUGUUGUCACUGAUCCCGGAUCGCGAUGAUCCUCAAGCAGGCCUGCUUUGUCUCAAUGAUAAUGUCGGAUUUGGAGAUCUCAUUGUUGGCAAUAUCAUGGCCGAGUGGAUGGCUGAGCGCUGGUGGACACCAUCACCUUGGGAGCUUGAUUGA